CAACAGAGCUAGACUCCGUCUCAAAAAAAAAAAAAUUAAGCACAACUCUGCAAUUCCACCCUUACACCUGCCCCACCCCAGCCUCUGCAUCCGCAUCAGCAAAUGCAUCAAGUCAAUGCAGAAAAUGACCAUAUAUGUGAAAGAAAAAGGAAGGGUUCAGAUAACACUGCUAUAAUCUCAGCUUCUGAGCUAGGAAGUUAAGAAGAACAACUUUCUGAUAACCAACUUUUCAAACCUGUAAACAUAAGCCCAGAUCAGCAAAGUGAUGCAAUUUGAGGUCUCAGUGAAUUUUCUUUGGGACUUAGCUCCACCAAGAUUGCUUUAUCUCCAAGUUCUGACCCAGUAGUUAGAGAAUAUACUUUGCCAUCAUUGCUGGGUACCAAAGGACCAAGAAAUAGGUGGGAUAAUUCAUUUCUGCUUGUCUCUAAUUAGAGACUGUCAGGGAGUCUAGUCCCAGUGGCUAUGGAAGCUACCGUAAAUACCCGUUUGUGAUUCUCCCAAACAUCCUGCACAGAGGGAUACGGCCAUGAACAUCUGCUCUUCACUUGCUCAGGACUUGCCUGUAUUUCUAAGACUUUGCCAUCCUUAGAAUAAUUAGGAGCAUUAACUAAGUUCUUUCAAGGUAAGAUUAUAACAGCAGAUAUAUAUGACUAAUGACUGGAGUUCUUUGAGAGAGCGCCUUUUCUAAAUAUGCCACAUCCAGGGAGAAAUAAUAAGAGUCCUGAAUCCAUCAGCUGGAGCUUGACACAGACAUAGUAAUAAUCAGCUCUUUUGCCUCUCUGUGAGUGCCUAGGGGGUGGGAGAAGCCUGGAAAUAUUAAAAGAGACCUGCAUAGUCGCACAGGAGGGCUGUGUAUGGGUCUGCAUGUUGUUUUGUGUUAUAUUUUAUAAAAUUGAAAGAGUGAGUAUAGGAGGACCCACAUCAUCCAGGACUGGACAUUGGAAGUUGGGGGUGUAGGGACGAGGGGCAGAUCCUAACUGAGUGACCCUAAUACAGGUUUGUUAACAUGGCCAUGGUUGAAGCUUGACUUGUUGCGUCUGGAGCCUCAGCUUCUACAUUGCUGAUCUCUGUCUGUCUUAUCUGCAUCUGGGAUCAGGCCCAUGAGCAGGACAAACCAGUCGAGCGUCUCUGAGUUCCUCCUCCUGGGACUCUCCAGGCAGCCCCAGCAGCAGCAUCUCCUCUUCAUGCUUUUCCUGAGCAUGUACCUGGCCACCGUCCUGGGGAACCUGCUCAUCCUGGCCGUCAGCACAGACUCCCGCCUGCACACCCCCAUAUACUUCUUCCUCAGCAACCUGUCCUUCGUGGACGUCUGCUUCUCCUCCACCACCGUCCCCAAGAUGCUGGCCAAUCACAUACUUGGGACUCAGACCAUCUCCUUCUCUAGCUGUCUCAUGCAGAUGUGUUUUCUCUGUAUGUUUUCUGACAUGAACAAUUUCCUCCUGGCUGUGAUGGCCUAUGACCGCUUUGUCACUGUGUGCCACCCCUUCCAUUACGCAGCAAAGAUGACCCAUCAGCUCUGUGCCCUGCUGGUCACUGGAUCACGGGUGGUUACCAACUUGAAUGCUCUGCUGCACACCCUGCUGAUGGCUCGACUCUCAUUCUGUGCAGACAACACCAUCCCCCACAUCUUCUGUGAUGUGACUCCCCUCCUGAAACUCUCCUGUUCAGACACACACCUCAAUGAGGUGAUGAUUCUUACUGAGACUGCGGUAGUCAUGAUCACCCCAUUUCUUUGCAUCCUGGCUUCCUAUAUGCACAUCGCCUGUGCCUUCUUGAGGGUCCUAUCCAUGAAGGGAAGAUGGAAAGCCUUUUCCACCUGUGGCUCCCACCUGGCUGUGGUUCUCCUCUUCUGUGGUACCAUCAUAUCUCUGUAUUUCAGCCCUUCAUCCUCCCACUCAGCUCAGAGAGAUAUAGCAGCUGCUGUGAUGUUCACAGUGGUGACUGCCAUGAUGAAUCCUUUUAUCUACAGCCUGAGGAACAAGGACAUAAAAGGGGCUCUUGUAAAAGUGAUUGCUGUGAAAUUCUUUUCUGUUCAAUAAUUAUAUGGACUAAGAAAUUCCUAGAAGGAGCUAA